AUGACAUGGAGAUUGUUGGCAACGUGCACUGGAAUCACCUUAUUCCGAAGCACCACCAGCCAGAGUGUCCGGCACAGUACCGACUGUGUCGAGCCAAGGAUGGAGCAGAAAUGGUCUACCUACAAGCGAGUUCUUCAAGUGCGAUGCAAACAAGCCCCUCCUCAAGAUAUUGCCAAUAUGCCGGGAGAUUGGUCGUCGAGUGGUCAGGUGACGCGGGAACUGUUGAACAGCAAGUUUUCCCAAAGAGAUGAACAUAGCACGGGAUGGUCUGCUUCAGACCGAGCACAUCCCACAGAAGUUGACCAAAACGCACCAAUGUGCAACGCCGAAUCAACAUCAAUGGUGCACGAGACGUACCGCGAAGCAACAAUGGCCACCAGCAGUGCAUAG